UGUGAUAGGAGUCUAAGAUUGUCCGACGUUUUUUCAGUUUGCUGUGACAUGCAGCUCGAGAGGAUUGGAUCUCUGUAUGCAUUUACCUGCACGCGCGUUUGGUUUUAAUAUUCUAAUUUAGUCUGACGGAUAUGGUUGAAAUUCGUCUUUUAAAACACUGUUUUGGUUGCCGGUUAAGGGGAGAUCCAGAGCGAGACGAUGCAUAAAUGCUCUCAGUUUAUUUUUAUUUAUUUAUUUAUUUUUGUCGGAGGGACAUGCUGUGCUGCACCGAGCUGAUCAGACGAUAACUCAAGGUGUCCAGCUUCUCCCAAGUGACGGACCUCCUCGUUAGGCCUGUUCUUGCCAACCAGCUUGCCAUGGACCCCCUCCCAGAGUACUCUCUGUCCCUGGUACAGAUCCUGGAUGAGCUGGGCACCAAGCAUAACACCAUGUCAUAUCAAGAUCUGUGUAAGUCCUUGUGCGCACGCUUCGACCUCGUGCAACUGGCCAAGCUCCGCAGCCUGCUCUUCCACAUAGCCUGUCAAGACCCCACCUUCCCGGCCGCCCUCUUCAAGGACAAGAUGCGCUGCACCAUGGAGGACCCGCAAUCUAAGAAGCUCAUGGUGGCGGCGGACAUCGUCACCAUGUUUAACUUGAUCCAGAUGAAUGGAAGCAUAGUCAAAGACAAGCUCCACAUAGUGCAUAGAGCCAUGUUCCACAAGGACCAGUCGGUGGAGCUGGGCAGGUUUGAUGAUGAUACUAAGUUUCAGGACUGUGACAGGGUGCUUGGUUAUGAGCACAUGGAUCACCCUAGGGAUGGACACCAUUACCAGCAUCAGCGCCCCCAGCAGCACCCUGUGACUCAGAGUGCCCCUCCCUGUCCUAAAUCAUCUGAGUGCAACAACUGCCAGCAGUUUAUUCCCACCUCAGACCCUAACUUUCUUCUGGGCAUCAGAAAGGACAUGAAAUGUAGAGCAGCCUCUCUGGGCAAGCUGCACCAUCUGCCCCAGUACUCCACCUGCAGUCCCAAGUCUCAACCCUGCCAAAUGCAGAGCACCUACUUUCCCAUGGAGAUCGACAGCGGGUCCACCACUGACCAUGAGUCCGUUCAGCACAUUAGUCAUCCAGAGGCCUUCUCUGUUCACUCUUGCAACCAGAAGAGGAACUUCUUCAAGGAGGACUUUCACAAAUUUGUGGCCUUCUCGCCACAGGUCGACCAUCAGGGCAGUAAGGCUGCUGAGGGCUACCACAAGAGAGAGCUGCACAAGCCUGCAACCUUCUUCAACCACAGCUUUGAACUGCCCUACAGUAACCCCUACUUUGAGCCGACACUCAACUCCCCUCUUCAGGACAGACGGAGGGUGAAGCAUGAGAGCCUGGAUGAUUUACAGGCUUCCACAUACUUUGGUCCGACCACUGUCAUGGAGCGUGUCAGCAGCAGGAAUUACAGUAAAAAAGCAGCGAAGCAGCCGCCAUGGCCAAUGAAAAGCCUCAGUCUCAAUACGGAAGAGGGGCCGCCGGAGUUUGAGGGGUCAUUUCUGAACAGCAAACCACUCAAAGAAAACCACCAUUGCAAUGUCACCAUCAUAAACACUGACGAACAGCAAUUUCAGAGCCCAAAGAAAUUUGUAGAUUCUUCAUGUGGCUCUGCAAAGAAAACUAAUGGAAUUAGAAAAAAGGAUGUAGGACUAAUGGCAAGUAGGCCUGGGGGUUUGGAGGAAAGGGAAGCAUUCAGAAAUUUUAGGGAUAAAUAUAUGAACAGUUCAUACUUUCAGGGAGGGGACCGCUCCUUUAGUGUUGGGACUCAAACAGAGCAGGCUGAGCAGAAAAAGGUGAAAGAAUACCCCGCUAAGUCCAGUGAUAGAGAAAGACACGCUUUCAAACACUGUGAUGUGGACUCUGAGAUCGUUGGUGAUGACAUAAGUGACAUUUUUCGUUUUUUGGAUGAUAUGAGUGUUUGUGACUCUCUUGGCAUUGUCCAAUCAUCAUGCUACAACAGUAAUGGGUCUCUUUCUCAGGUAACGCUUAAGUCUGAAGUUGACAACUCCCCUGAACGCAACAUUAUCAGACUAGCCAAGUCCAAGCCGGACUGCCUCUUCCAUUCACAGGAAAACCCAGACAAUGAGCUCAAAUUGAGUGUGUGCAAGUUGGUUAUGAGGAUUGGUGAGAUCGAAAAGAAGCUGGAGUCUCUGUCGGUGUUUCGUGGUGAGAUCUCCCAUGUGCUUUCCAAACUAAACAAGCUGGACGAGAAGAGCCAGGAACCUGAGGCCGACGGGAGACACUGGGAGACAGCGUCUGCAUCAAGGUCCGGUGCCACACCCGACAAGCCACAUCCCCACCAUCACCAUAAUGACCCCGCCCCCUUAUCUAGUAUUUUCAAGUGCCACACCACUGGUCACAAAGUCAAAAUAGACAAUGGCUCUUCAGAGGAGUGGUGCUGCUCAGAUGGGAGUAACAGCGAUAGCCUCAGGGUAAAUGCUCUGAAGAAGAGACUGUUCAUCAGGAGAUCCUCCUGCUCACUCAACGGGGAGAACGGUGCCACUGAGUCAAAAGUCACCAGCAUCACCAAAUCUCUGCGGGACUUGAGGACAGUCUCAUACUCCUGCCAACCCGGAGAAGAGGGCAAGGACAAGGGCAGAGAAAGCAAAGACAGACACCGGAGGGCCAAAGAGGUUGAGCAAGAGCAUCAACAUGAGUUCCCCCAAGUCCAGCGGCCCCCUCAACCUCAGAGGGAGUCCUACCUGAGCGAACAGAUUAUCUCAAUGUACCCCUUCACACCCCCCACUAAGGCCCAUGUGAAAGGUCGCCCCCUGUACCUUGACCUGAGGCUCACCAGCCAGUCACAUGGCAAGCGCAGCCAGCCGUCCUGGACCAUCAAGGAUUCUAAACACAACUCAGGAGAGAAGGCAAAGCAGCUCACAGCUCUGGACCUGCAGACACAGGAGUCCCUGAACCCCAACAACCUGGAGUACUGGAUAGAGGAUAUCUACACACCAGGCUUUGACUCACUGCUCAAGAGAAAAGAGGCUGAGUUCAGGAGGGCUAAGAUGUGUAAAAUCGGAGUGCUGAUCGCGGCAGCUACCUGCACUGUCAUUCUGGUCAUUGUUGUUCCAAUAUGCACAAUGAAAACAUGAGAACUCGGAUACAGUGGCCCUGCCAAUGAAUGAUACACUUUAAUGCUAUGGUUUUCUGUUCAUGGAUUGGGAUCAUCCUCCCCGCUCCCCCAGCCUGCCUGCCUUGCCAGCUCAUGACCCAAACCUGCCACACUCAUACCGCGUUCUGCCUGCUUUGUCUGCUCUGCCUCCCUCGGAUCAAUCAUCCACCAUCACCCUCUGACCCUCGGUCUCUACUGCCCCAUCUCAACCUUUAUCAUUCUCAUCACCCAUCAUCCCUGAAAUGAACCCCUUCACUUCUACCUGCCUUGUCUGUGUAUGCAUUUGGUUCAAAACCUAAAGUCCCGUCACAGAACAAUCUUGCCCAACAUGGACCCAGCAGACCAGAUUCCUUCCGUCAAGCUCUCAAAUCCCUCUAGGCUGAUGUGGGCCAGAUUGGACAGCAGCUCAUCCAGGUUUCCACACAGCUUUUCCUCUCCAGCAAUUCCCCCUGCCCAGCUAACUUGCAGCCCC